GGACCUGCCCGGCGCCCGCUAUCUGGAGGAGCUGCCGGGCCUGCCCCGCGCCCGCUAUCCAGAGGACUUGCCGGACCUGCCGAUGAACCCAUGCUCCUGGAUCCCCCAGAGGCCAACCCCAGGACCCAGUGCAAGGAUGGAGUUUCUUUGGCAUCUGUUCAUGAUGAUUGGGAUCCUUGCAAGGACUGGGAUGUCUCAGGGCUGCACCCCACCACCAGGGGCUCAGAACUUGGCGCUGGGGCGCCCGGCCACUCAGUCCUCCAUAUUUGAAGAUGUGACUGGAAAAGCCGUGGCUGGAAAGGCCGUGGAUGGAAAACGCGAUGGGAAAUGGGUACAAGGCUCCUGCAGCCACACCCAGCUCGACACAGAGCCGUGGUGGAACGUGGACUUGGGCAGUCGUCAGUCUGUCUCUGCGGUGAUUGUGAAGAACAGGGAAGACGAAUGCUGUGGGGAGAGAAUCAGAGGGGCCCAGAUCCGCGUAGGAGACUCCCUGGCCGACCAUGGCAAGCAGAACCCCAUCUGCGGGACGAUCACCGACACCAGACCAGGAUCCGUCAGCACCAUCUGCUGCAACGGGCUGGAGGGCCGCUACGUCACCAUCGUCAUCCCGGGCAGGGCGGAGUAUCUCACCCUGUGUGAGGUUGAGGUCCUAGCUCAGGGCUGCACCCCACCACCCGGGGCUCAGAACUUGGCGCUGGGGCGCCCGGCCACUCAGUCCUCCAUAUUUGAAGAUGUGACUGGAAAAGCCGUGGCUGGAAAGGCCGUGGAUGGAAAACGCGAUGGGAAGUGGGUACAAGGCUCCUGCAGCCACACCCAGCUCGACACAGAGCCGUGGUGGAACGUGGACUUGGGCAGUCGUCAGUCUGUCUCCGCGGUGAUCGUGAAGAACAGGGAAGACGAAUGCUGUGGGGAGAGAAUCAGAGGGGCCCAGAUCCGCGUAGGAGACUCCCUGGCCGACCAUGGCAAGCAGAACCCCAUCUGCGGGACGAUCACCGACACCAGACCAGGAUCCGUCAGCACCAUCUGCUGCAACGGGCUGGAGGGCCGCUACGUCACCAUCGUCAUCCCGGGCAGGGCGGAGUGUCUCACCCUGUGUGAGGUCGAGGUCCUAGCUCAGGGCUGCACCCCACCACCCGGGGCUCAGAACUUGGCGCUGGGGCGCCCAGCCACUCAGUCCUCCAUAUUUGAAGAUGUGACUGGAAAAGCCGUGGCUGGAAAGGCCGUGGAUGGAAAACGCGAUGGGAAGUGGGUACAAGGCUCCUGCAGCCACACCCAGCUCGACACAGAGCCAUGGUGGAACGUGGACUUGGGCAGUCGUCAGUCUGUCUCUGCGGUGAUCGUGAAGAACAGGGAAGACGAAUGCUGUGGGGAGAGAAUCAGAGGGGCCCAGAUCCGCGUAGGAGACUCCCUGGCCGACCAUGGCAAGCAGAACCCCAUCUGCGGGACGAUCACCGACACCAGACCAGGAUCCGUCAGCACCAUCUGCUGCAACGGGCUGGAGGGCCGCUACGUCACCAUCGUCAUCCCGGGCAGGGCGGAGUGUCUCACCCUGUGUGAGGUCGAGGUCCUAGCUCAGGGCUGCACCCCACCACCCGGGGCUUGGAACUUGGCGCUGGGGCACCCGGCCACUCAGUCCUCCAUAUUUGAAGAUGUGACUGGAAAAGCCAUGGCUGAAAAGGCCGUGGAUGGAAAACGCGAUGGGAAGUGGGUACAAGGCUCCUGCAGCCACACCCAGUUCGACACAGAGCCGUGGUGGAACGUGGACUUGGGCAGUCGUCAGUCUGUCUCCGUGGUGAUCGUGAAGAACAGGGAAGACGAAUGCUGUGGAGAGAGAAUCAGAGGGGCCCAGAUCCAUGUGGGAGACUCCCUGGCUGACCAUGGCAAGCAGAACCCCAUCUGCGGGAUCAUCACCGAUACCAGACCAGGAUCCGUCAGCACCAUCUGCUGCAACGGGCUGGAGGGCCGCUACGUCACCAUCGUCAUCCCGGGCAGGGCGGAGUAUCUCACCCUGUGUGAGGUCGAGGUCCUAGCUCAGGGCUGUGCCCCACCACCCGGGGCUCAGAACUUGGCGCUGGGGCGCCCGGCCACUCAGUCCUCCAUAUUUGAAGAUGUGACUGGAAAAGCCGUGGCUGGAAAGGCCGUGGAUGGAAAACGCGAUGGGAAGUGGGUACAAGGCUCCUGCAGCCACACCCAGCUCGACACAGAGCCGUGGUGGAACGUGGACUUGGGCAGUCGUCAGUCUGUCUCUGCGGUGAUCGUGAAGAACAGGGAAGACGAAUGCUGUGGGGAGAGAAUCAGAGGGGCCCAGAUCCGCGUAGGAGACUCCCUGGCCGACCAUGGCAAGCAGAACCCCAUCUGCGGGACCAUCACUGACACCAGACCAGGAUCCGUUAGCACCAUCUGCUGCAACGGGCUGGAGGGCCGCUACGUCACCGUCGUCAUCCCGGGCAGGGCGGAGUAUCUCACCCUGUGUGAGGUCGAGGUCAUAGCUCAGGGCUGUGCUCCACCACCCGGGGCUGCGGGACCAUCACCGACACCGCACCGGGAUCCCUCAGCUGAAGGGCCACUAGGUCAGACUCAGCGUCCUGGGCAGGGCGGAGUGUCUCUCCCUGUGUGAGGUCGAGGUCUACGGCACCCAGCUGGGGGAUGAGUGCUAGGAAGCGGGAGUGACAGUCCAUGGU